CGUUUUUUUAAAUAUAAAAGUUUGAGUCUGUGCCUGCAUAGCCUACUGAUCAAGGAAAAGAAAAGCCAGCUGUGAGAGUUUCAAUUUCAAUUUUUACAUAUAGUGAGCAGCAAGAGAUUUUAAAAGAAGCAUCACAAGUAUUUUCCUCUGUGAGAAGACAAACAACUGAAAGCAGCGAUGUCGCCCUCUCUCCUCCAGGCCUACAGGAGGCGCUGGUGGAUGGCGGUGACAGCAGUGCUUGAAAACCUGUUGUGUUCGGCCGUGCUCCUGGGCUGGGGCUCCCUGCUCAUCAUGCUGAAGAGGCAAGGCUUCUACUCGCACCUGUGCUCAGGGAACGACUCAGUGGUCUUACCUUCGGGAAACUCCUCCAGUAGUGAGGUGGACAAGUGGCCCAGCUGCGUGGACCAGGAGGAGAUGCUGAAUCUGGGCUUCACCAUUGGCUCAUUCUUGCUCAGCGCCACCACUCUACCACUUGGGAUCCUGAUGGAUAGAUUUGGGCCACGCCCAAUUCGUCUGGUGGGCAGCUCAUGUUUCGGUUCAUCCUGUAUCAUGAUGGCUGUGUCGGCCUACUAUCCUUCAGUGCUGUCAGCGCUCAUCUUCCUCGCUCUCUCUCUGAACGGCUUUGGAGGCAUCUGCCUGACCUUCACCUCCCUCACGCUCCCCAAUAUGUUUGGUGCUCUGAGCUCCACUAUCAUGUCUCUGAUGAUCGGUUCCUACGCCUCCUCUGCUGUCACCUUCCCUGGAGUCAAGCUGAUCUACGAUGCAGGCGUGUCCUUCCAGGUGAUCAUGUGGAUGUGGGCAGGUCUUGCCGGGUUUGUCUUUUUCAACUGUUUCUUUAACUGGCCGAAAGAAGGUUUCCCCACGCCUGAUGAGGUGGAUUACAGUAAAAUCCUCACACAGCAAGAGGUGCCUUUAUCAGACCAGAAGGCUGUUGCAGAGAGACUGAGCCAGAAAAACGGUGACGUCCGACACUCCACAGAGAAACUUCCUAAUGGAUCUGAUCCUGCACAAAAUACCGUUCCUUUCCGUCGGUCAGUGUUUUCUCCCAUCUUCCUGUGGAGUCUGGUUACGAUGGGGAUGUCCCAGUUGAGGAUCAUCUUCUUCAUGGGGGCCAUGAACAAGAUGCUGGAGUUCAUGGUUACCAAGGGCGAUGAACACCCAUCUGAUGAGCUGGUGACUGAGGCAAAACAGCAAGUGAGUUUCUACUCGUCCAUCUUUGGCACCCUGCAGCUGUUGUGCCUGGCCACUUGUCCUCUGAUCGGUUACAUCAUGGACUGGAAGAUGAAGGAGUGUGAAGAGGAGAAGCCCGUCCCUCCAGGCACAGAGCAGAGGCAGACCAACAUACCCAAGAGAGACCGUAAGAUCCAGAAGGUGACCAACGCCAUGAGGGCUUUUAUCCUCACCAACAUGCUACUGCUUGCUUUCGGAUGCUGCUGUCUCAUAGACAGCCUGCCUCUACAGGUCUUGACCUUCAUCCUCCACACUAUGGUCCGAGGCUUCAUCCACUCCUGCUGCGGAGGCCUCUACGCUGCCGUCUACCCGUCAAACCACUUUGGCACCCUGACAGGCCUCCAGUCGAUGAUCAGCGCUGUGGUCGCUCUGCUACAGCAGCCACUCUUCAUUGCUAUGGUCGGACCGCUGAAAGGAGACCCCUACUGGAUCAACCUGGGGCUGCUGAUCCUCUCAUUGGCCGGUUUCUUGUUGCCGGGUUACCUGUACUACCACCGCAGACACCUGCUGAAGGAAAAAGAAGAAAGAGACAAGAGGGCUGCCGGUCAGGAGAUGCAGGCACUCAACCACACAGAAGCCAAUGGCUACAAGCCCCACAGCAACGGAGUCGCUGCUGUCGAGGCGUAAAACGACAGAGCAGAGACAAAGAUUUGGGGAAUUGUACGAUUUAUUUUUAUAUGUGCCUUUAAAAUGUGCACCAGCGAUCCACUCAUCCAUAAAUCCAUGUUUUUAGUUACAUUUUAAGUUGUUUUCAUGCUGCGGCAUGAUUUGGGGAGAAAAUGUGUCAUCAUCAUUUGUUGCUGUUUAUUUAUUUUGGUUUGUGUCAAAGAGCCAAAUUAGCGUGAUUUAAAGCCAUAGAUUUCACUCGCGAGCACACGCAACGACACAUGCACACAUCCAGGUAUGGCCUUUGUGUCAGACUGCGGAUAUCACGGUACUUGAAAUACUGUUAUCUAGUUUUCAAAGACUUCUGACAAUCACCACGAGCCUUGCUAACACCAAAGAACAGCUUAAUGAGAUUAGGAAAGUUACACUCUCAGUAUUGUUUUAAAAGUGGGCGGAAAAAAACUGAAAAACUUUUAGUAUAUUAAUUGUGCUGUUUCUACUGUAAAGCCCCUCAGUAAAAACUAUAAAUACACAGUAAAUGUAUAAAACACUAUUAUAAGCAUACAACCUAUGAAUUUAAAGCAUUUGAAAAUCUAAAUACCAGACUUCUGGUAGCUUUUGGGGUAUUUUUCAGAGCCCAGCAAUUCACUCACACACAUGUACACACACAGAUAGGCUGGUUGUAGAGACGCCAUAUCUACCUCCUCCGUUUCCUUUUUUUGUACUGUCUCUCUGCAAACCACUCCUAUGUCUGACCAUCGAUUGUUUUUUAUUCACAUUAGAAAAAUAUGAAAUGUUUACCCAAAACAACAAAUUUAAAUCGGAGCAGCAUUUUUAUCCUUCAUUCAUAUUGAUGCUGAUUCAGCCCUCAUCAUUUCUGGACUUUUUAUAUGUAGGGAAAAAAAGUUUUGGGAGUUUUUUUGUUUUGUUUUUGUUUUUUGUUUUCAUAAGGAAAAAUAUGACUGAUUUUUAAAUGCUGACACAUGGUGUGUGUGGGUGAUAUUAAACACUUUGUACUGCUUUAUGCACAGUAAUGAACUAGUGUGUGUAUAAAAAAUGUAUUUAAGUGUCUUUUUAUACUCUAACUGCAGUAGCGUUGAAAAGGGAAGCGUUUGUUUCAGCAUCAGCAAAUGUUUUUUUGUAGUUUGCUAAUUAUACAUGAAGCUUUGAUGAUUUUAAGUGUAUAUAUUUCGCUUAUGCCUUUUUGUUUUGUCAUGUGAUUUUGCUCAAUGGGUUACCAUUCAGCAGAAUUAUUUUUUGUAAAUAGAACUGAGGUGUCUUUUAUUUUGUUACAUAUUCUGCUUGCAUUACUAUAUAUGGGUGUGUGCAGUAUAUCACAUUGUAUUGAGACACUGGCUGUGGUUUAACUUGUUUUUUGUGUGAUCUUUUUGGAUUUGAUACUCAAAAGUCACUUUGAAAAGACAGAUGCAGCUGUGGUCUGUGAUCUCUUUGUUACAGUCAGCUGCAGAUAAACAGAAAAAUGUACAUUCUCCCAAAGUGACAACAAAAUGUAUCCUUCAUGUACUUGCUCAUGCCUCAUGUUCAUUGCUAUGCACACUGCAACAAUAUGUUAUGAAUUUAUGCAAUCAGUUUGUAAAGAAUAAUUUUUUUUCCCCAACUCAAUCCAUUUCAGUAUCAACUCAAGACAUCCUCAAUAGGUUGUUUCAGUCUUGUUUGAUGCAUUUUUUUCCUUCUUUGUAGUUCCUCGUAUAUAAAAUGUGUUCAGCGUUUUGUAUCAUUGCUAACCCUGAAGAGAAAGCAGAUUCUGUGUUUUCUAUAAACUCUGUGCCUUUCGCUGCCAUCUUGGCUUUGUGCAAUAGAAGUGAAUGAGAUUAACGCCUCUGCCAAACCAAAACCAGGCUUGAAGAUUGUCGAUAGUGCAGCACUUUUCCUCAGGAGAACAUACAGGAGCAAAAACAUACAGGACAAAUUGCGAUGCAUUAGUCCAGAGUUUGGUCAUGUUUGGUUUUUGUUGACUGUCAAAUGUGUUGAUUUACCUCAGUUGUUGAUUUUGAGACUGUAGAUUAUGCUUUUAGGUAAAAACUCAGUGUUACUGAGGGUUUAUUUGUGGUCACUCCUUCAUUUUAUAAAUGCAGUUUUUAUACAUGAUCCACAGUUUGAAUCCAAUGCACCAAAACUACCUGGGCUUUUUGUACCUCAGGAAGUUGUAUUACUUAUAGGAUGAUGGUUGUCUCUUCUCUAUUAAAGCUGAAGUCUAGCAGUCAAGUCAGUGAUUCGCUUGUACAUCUGCCUUUGUUACUCGGAUUUGCAGCAGUUGGCACAUCAAGUUUAAUCAACACUUCUGACAGUCUCAGGAACAAAAAAAAACUACCCUUUGCUUCACCACAUCUGUAUUUUAAGAUUAAUGAUCUUUCUCAGUGGCUUAUCUAACCUCCUCUCUUUACCCUUUGGGUUGAAGUGUUGCUGUAUCUUGCUAAAUAUACACCUUUCUUUCCUGCCUACAAUCAAUAU